AUGUCAUAUCUUAGGCCAGAACAGUACUCAUAUCAGGAGAGAGUCAGAGAAACAAGAGUUCGUUGGGUCGUCGAAGAACUCAUCGAACCGGCCAGCCAGCUUGGAUGGAUCGAGGCGCACAGCUUCAGGUGCUACCUCGAGGCCACAAGGGGGAGCAGUACACUGGGUACACUUGCUCGACUGAGGUUUCACAGGAGACAAGCAUGGUUCGGAAGCAUCCCGACGGUUGAUGGUGCCAAGAUAUGGAUAUCUGUAGAGUAA